CUGAUCGACGACCAGCCGCUCACAGCUCACUCCGACGCGGUUGCUACGACGUGGGACUCUCGUUUUCCUGCUUCAGAUUGGCACAUAAUGGGAUGGAAAGCAGCUCAAAAACUGAUACAUCACUGGAAAAUUUUAAGAGGAGAUAAUGUGAUGAUUAUUAGGGGAAAAGAUAAGGGUGCAACUGGCACUAUUAAACGCGUCAUUCGUUCUCAAAAUCGUGUUAUUGUUGAGGGAAAGAACUUGGUAAAGAAGCAUAUAAAGCAAGGCCAAGGCCAUGAAGGCGGGAUUUUUACGGUAGAAGCCCCUCUUCAUGUCUCGAAUGUUCAAAUUGUUGAUCCAGUGACAAGGCAGCCGUGUAAGGUUGGAACUCGGUAUCAAGAAGACGGUACUAAAGUAAGAGUUUCAAGAGGUAUAGGGGCAUCAGGGACCAUAAUUCCUCGUCCCGAGAUUUUGAAGAUAAGGGUGACUCCACGUCCAACAACUGCUGGUCCGAAAGAUACUCCUAUAGAACUGGUGCACGAGAAAACAUACGAUGCUAAAACCGGGAAGGGGAUGCCGGAUCUUUAAUCAAACGCCUUUUGACCAUUAUUGGGCUUGUUUUCUAUUCUUACUCCAUUAGCCGUGUUUCUUGAGGUCUGGUUCAUUCGUCAAACAUGUUAACGAAUGCUUAUCCGAAUAGAUUUUCAGACCCAUUUUCGUAUUCCUUUUAGCUAGCAAGGCAGUGGUGAUUGAGGCUUUCGUACUUGUGUCAUAACAAUCCGUUGCAGAAAGUUUUCGACAAAGCGUGUUUGAACAUCGUCUAGUGAAAUUAUAAGGACCGGUCGGCCAUUUGCAGAAUUUUUUUAGCCGCGAUCGCUUAAAUCUUGCAUGAAAUGUGGUUUUUUUAUGAAAAACAUUCGAUGAUUGUUGCAGAAAUUUUAUGUUUAAACGAAAGAAAACGUAAAAUAUAAGGUUU